AUGUCGACAGGCAAAUACUGGCUAGGCCAAAGCGCCUGGUCAGCAACUAGACUCCGCCUCCAACACGAACUCACCAAAACAAACUUCAACAACCGCCUCCUCGACCCCGCCAUCGCCCUCCAAAAAGAAAACCUCACCAUCGCCGACGUCGCCACUGGGACAGGAGCCUGGUGUCUCGAUUUCCAUGAAAAACACCCGGACAACACCAUCGAAGGGCUGGAUGUCAAUCUCAACGAAGUCCCGCCGAAGAAGUGGUUGCCGGGAAAUGUGUCGUUUCAUUAUUUGGAUUUGCUGAAGGAGGUGCCGGAGGAGUUUGUGGGGAGGUAUGAUAUUGUGCAUAUGCAGUAUGCGGUGUUGUUUGUGAGGGAUCGGGAGGUUGAGGGGUUGUUGGGGACGUUGAUGAGGAUGUUGAAGCCCGGCGGCUACCUCCAAUGGGGCGAAGCUCACCCCCUGCAAUACAUCUUCCACGCCGCGGAGGGCAAAGAGAAAGCCCCCGCAGCUCGCAGACUCCACGAUUUGCAAUCCCAGAUCCACCCCUCUGCCGUCGAGAACUGGACUUAUCUAGACAACAUGCCGGCCCGCUUUCAAGCCGCUGGUUUCCAGGACGUUGUCUUCGUGCAACCUGAACCGAAACCUUCGACGCUGCAGCCGAUUAUGAUGAAUUGGCUGUGGGCUUUGGAGGAGGGAUUUGAGGGAGUUGUGGGGAGGUUUCCGGAGAAGAGGGAGGUGUUGGAGGUGAGUCGAAGGUUGAGGGAGGGGGAGGUUAUGAGGGAGGUGAGGGAGUUGGGGGUUGGGCUGGAUAUGCGCAUGAGGAGGUGUAUUGGGAGGAAGCCGUUGGCGACGGAAUGA